CUUUUAUUUUUGAAAACAUAAUGUACAUUAAAGUCUAUAGACUACGUCACUUGUUUUGAUGUUUUUCACGUCAGUGGACUGAACAGAGCUAGAAAGCGCCAUCUAACGACAUAAGCAUUCACGAUGGCGUCGAGUAAAGUUAACCAAAAGGGAGGCCCUCGGGAUGAAAGCUACAGAAAUGAAGUUACACCAUCAGAAAAUGACAAGAAGAAGAAAAAGAAAGGAGAUGAUAAGCUGGAUGAACUCAAACAGGAGCUGGAUAUGGAUGAGCACAAGAUCCCCAUUGAAGAAUUGUAUGAAAGACUUGGGGCUGACCCUAAUAAUGGUCACACUGUUGAAAGAGCCAAGGAAAUCCUAGCCAGAGAUGGUCCAAACCAGUUAACACCUCCAAAAACCACACCAGAGUGGGUGAAGUUCUGUAGAGUAUUAUUCACAGGUUUUUCGCUUCUGCUCUGGAUAGGUGCUGUAUUGUGUUACAUUGCAUACUCAAUAGAAGCAUCACAGAAUGAGAAUCCACCUGGAGAUAAUUUAUAUCUAGGUAUUGUGCUGACAGCUGUUGUGGUGGUUACUGGCUGUUUCUCAUACUAUCAAGAAGCCAAAAGCUCACGCAUUAUGGAUUCAUUCAAAAACAUGGUUCCUCAGUAUGCCACUGUUAUUCGUGGAGGACAGAAGCUAAAUGUUCAUGCUGAAGAAUUAGUACUUGGGGAUCUUGUUGAAGUCAAGUUUGGAGAUCGUGUACCUGCUGACAUCAGAGUGAUCUCAGCCUUUGGUUUCAAGGUAGAUAACUCUUCACUGACUGGAGAGUCUGAGCCUCAGACGAGAACAGCUGAAUUUACCCAUGAGAAUCCACUUGAAACUAGGAAUUUAGCUUUCUUUUCCACCAAUGCUGUUGAAGGAACCUGCCGUGGUAUUGUGGUCAAGACUGGUGAUAACUCUGUGAUGGGACGUAUUGCCAACCUUGCUUCAGGCCUGGAAGUUGGAGAGACCCCUAUCGCUAAAGAAAUUGCCCAUUUCAUCCAUAUCAUUACUAGUGUAGCUGUGUUUCUUGGGGUUACCUUCUUCAUUAUUGCUUUCAUUCUUGGAUACUUCUGGCUGGACGCUGUCAUUUUUUUGAUUGGUAUUAUUGUGGCUAAUGUACCAGAAGGUCUUCUAGCCACUGUUACUGUAUGUUUGACACUGACUGCCAAGCGUAUGGCCAAGAAAAAUUGUUUGGUCAAGAAUCUGGAGGCUGUGGAAACACUGGGAUCCACUUCGACCAUUUGCUCUGAUAAGACUGGAACUCUGACUCAGAACAGAAUGACAGUAGCUCACAUGUGGUUUGAUGGACGCAUUAUUGAAGCUGAUACAAGUGAUGAUCAAUCCAAUGCCUCCUACUCUCGCAAUGACCCAACCUGGAUGAACCUGGCACGUAUUGGUAUGCUCUGCAACCGUGCUGAAUUUAAAGUGGGACAAGAAAAUGUACCAGUACUUAAAAGGGAGUGCAACGGUGAUGCUUCAGAAUCUGCUUUGUUGAAAUGUGUUGAGCUGUCAAUAGGCAAUGUUACAGAGUUCAGAAGACGCAAUAAGAAAAUUUGUGAAAUUCCUUUCAACUCAUCUAAUAAAUAUCAAGUAUCUAUUCAUGAAACUGAAGAUCCCAAUGACCCAAGCUACUUGCUGGUAAUGAAGGGUGCACCUGAGAGAAUUAUGGACCGUUGCUCCACAAUACUCAUGCAUGGCAAGACUCUGCCUCUGGAUGACAACUUCCGUGAUGCUUUCAAUGCUGCAUAUCUUGAGCUUGGUGGUCUUGGAGAGAGAGUCUUGGGAUUCUGUGAUUGUGUUCUGCCAUCAUCUGAAUUCCCACCCAACUAUCAGUUUGACCCUGAAAGCCCCAACUUUCCUAUUACUGGUCUUCGUUUUGUUGGCUUGAUGUCUAUGAUUGAUCCUCCACGUGCAGCUGUACCUGAUGCUGUAGGCAAAUGCAGAAGUGCUGGUAUCAAAGUCAUCAUGGUUACUGGUGAUCACCCCAUUACUGCCAAGGCCAUUGCAAAAGGUGUUGGAAUUAUUUCUGAGGGCAGCAAGACUGUGGAAGAUAUUGCUGCUGAGCGAGGAUGCCCAGUAGAAGAGGUGGACCCAAGAGAAGCUAAAGCUGCUGUUAUCCAUGGUGGUGACCUCAGGGACAUGACCCCUGCUCAGAUUGAUGAAAUUUUGACUGUCCACAGUGAGAUUGUAUUUGCUCGUACAUCACCCCAGCAGAAGUUGAUCAUUGUAGAAGGUUGCCAGAGACAGGGACAGAUUGUGGCCGUAACUGGUGAUGGUGUCAAUGACUCUCCUGCACUCAAGAAAGCUGAUAUUGGUGUUGCCAUGGGCAUUGCUGGAAGUGAUGUCAGUAAGCAGGCUGCUGACAUGAUCCUCUUGGAUGAUAACUUUGCAUCAAUUGUUACUGGUGUUGAGGAAGGACGUCUCAUCUUUGACAACUUAAAGAAGUCCAUCGCUUACACUCUGACCUCAAACAUCCCUGAGAUUUCCCCUUUCUUGUUGUUUAUCCUGGCUGACAUUCCCCUCCCUCUUGGUGUCAUCACCAUCUUGUGUAUUGAUCUUGGCACAGACAUGGUGCCUGCCAUCUCACUGGCUUAUGAACAGGCAGAACUGGACAUCAUGAAAAGAUUGCCCAGAAAUCCUCUUAAAGACAAGCUUGUCAAUGACAGAUUAAUUAGCAUGGCAUAUGGCCAAAUUGGUAUGAUCCAAGCCACAGCUGGUUUCUUCACAUACUUUGUUAUUAUGGGUGAGAAUGGCUUCUGGAUUAGCCGUCUUGUGGGUCUUCGCAAAGAAUGGGAUUCUUUGGGCAUCAAUAACUUGGAGGAUUCUUAUGGUCAAGAAUGGACCUACGCCCAGCGUAAGAAGCUUGAAUACACAUGCCACACUGCUUUCUUUGUGUCUAUUGUGAUAGUGCAGUGGGCUGAUCUCAUUAUUUGUAAAACAAGGCGUUUGUCCCUGUUCCAACAGGGCAUGAAAAACCACAGAUUAACUUUUGGAUUGUUCUUUGAGACUGCCCUAGCUGCUUUCUUGUGUUAUUGCCCUGGAUUAGACAAAGGUCUUCGUAUGCAGCCUCUUAGAGUCACUUGGUGGCUAGUUGCUUUGCCCUACAGCUUGGCCAUUUUCAUUUAUGAUGAAAUACGAAAAUUAAUACUUCGACGUCACCCUGGGGGGUUUGUGGAGAGAGAGACUUACUAUUAAAAGUUCACAAGGAAACAGCAUCUUUAAAUAAAAAUCCAAUUAUAAAUGUAUAUUUAUUUACUUAAGAAAAAUGUUUAAAAUUUGAGUUUCUUAUAUGAAGAAGAAAAUGUGGAUUUAAUUGUAUUUUUUUACACAUCUCUAGUAAUAAGUAACGAAGCUUAUGUUUCAUGUUAUGACUGUUUUAUGUUAUUUAUUCUAGAUUGAAAUGCCAUUCAAAUCAAUUUUUGUUUUAUUAAUUAUGUUGGAACAAAGAUUUUUUUACUUUCACAUAUUUGUAUUAACAAAUAUUAAUUAAUUUUUUAAAAAUAUGAUAAGCUGAUUGAUUGCUUAUAAUCAUUGUUUGAAUAUUCAUUUUUUAAAACUAGAUUUGAGAGAUAGUGAUUGUAUGUUUGCUUUCAUUAUUUGUAUGAGUAGCCUGGUAGUCUCCGGGUGAAACUAUCUUACAAUCUGGAGUCAGGAACUCCUUGCCCAACAGUUUUUUAUAUUUCAGAAUUAAUUGCCAUCUGAGUAGAUGUUAUAUGCGUGCAUGAUUAAAUAUUCCCUUGUAGACAUAACUUGCUUAUAUCUCUUAUUACUGUAUCUAUUUGUUAUUUUUGUAAUACCAGUUAGGCACAGCUGAUAAAUCUUGAUGUAAGUGUUCACUUUGUGUUUUAUAAAGAGGUAAUGUUGUUCUUAUUAUUCAUAUUUUUGUAAGUAGCCUGCAGAGAAAAGAGGCACGGUGGCUGAGUGGUAAAGCACUGGCAGAGUGGGGCUUGGGUUUGAAUCCUAGAUAUGAAAUUUUAACAAAUUUGGUGAUGUUACUUUUGUUAACUGUGACAAAUCUUGUGAGGAAUUUCCGUACAUAUCAAAGUACGCCUUGUUUACAUUUUGAUUUUUAAAUCUCAUUUAUGUUCUCAAAACAACAAAAUAUAGUAAGAGAGACAAAAUAGAGAAAAUGUGAGAGCAGUCUAGAAAAUGUAAGAAACUGAAAAGAGGAAGAUUAAGAAAGAGUUUUUUGAAAUGGACAUUAAGAAAAUAACAAACAAAGCAUAUAAUUUAAGCUAUAUUGAAAUAUCACUGAUGUCAACUAGAUAAUAAAAAUAACUGCAGCAGCAGAAGAGCUUUGACAUUCGAAUUUAAAAUGCUAAAAAAUACAUGAAAUGUAUUGUAUGGUAUGUUGUUUUAAAAUAAGUUUUUAAUAUUUCCGUAUUUUGUAAAUGGAAAACAUGGCAAACUCUAUUUUAAAAAAUCUCCACAUAGCAUUUGGGGCGUGCUUUUGUUUUUUUAAUUUGAAUUUUAUUGAAGAAUCUCAAAACGAAGGAUGCAAAUUCAAAUAUUGGAAUAAUUAAGUUAAAUAGCAAUUCAUUUUUUUUUUGUAGUUAAUUAGCGAUUCAUUUUUUUAAUUUUUUUUUUUGUAGUUAAAUAGCAAUUCUUUUUUUUUUUUUUUUUUUCAUUUUUUUUUUUUUUUUUUACUUUUUGUGAGUUCACAUCAUUUAGUUAUUCAUGGUUUGAUCCACAUCCAUUAACUUUUGUUACACUGAGCUUUGAGUGGUAACUCAGGAUAUUUUUAUACAUGCCCUAAAAAUUAGUAUGUAUUUUAUAACCUAUUUGGGGAGGCGCAGUGGCUGAGUGGUAAAGUGCCUGACUUCCAAACCGAGGGUUCCCGGUUCAAAUUCUUGUGUAGACUGGGAUUUUAAAUUUUGGGAUUUUUGGGCACCUUUGAAUCCACCCAGCUCUAAUGGGUACUUGACAUUAGUUGAGGAAAAGUAAAGGUGGUUGGUCAUUGUGCUGGCCACAUGACACCUUCGUUAACAGUGGGCCACAGAAACAGAUGCCCCAUAGAUUGCAUGGUCUGAAAAGUGAAAUUUUACUUUACUUUAACAAUUAUAUAUUAAGAUCAAUAACUAAAUUAAUAAAGUUGUUCUUUAGGUAUUCUUCAACAAUGUAAGUGAUUAUAAUGACUAGAAGUACACAAUAGAAACUUUUGGAAAUAGAAAUUUUAGAAAUGGAAACUUAAGGAAAAAGAAACUUUAGGAAAUGGAAAUUUGAUUUUUAAAAGUAUAACAGAAUGAAAGGUUUACUCAACUUUCAUGGUAUUUAAGGCUUUAAUUUAUACCUUUAGAUAGAGGGUUAUCCUAAAGUAGGUGGACAUAAAAUUAUACUAGCAAAUUGUUUUGGAGAGCAAUGUUAUCUUUCAAACAAGUUUAGAAUAUAUUUUCUUGAGUUGAAAACCUUCAUAUAGCAAGUAAUCCAAUCAUUUCCAAAUCCACAUAAAAUAGCUAAUGGUUUUUUCCUCUUUGGGGAUUUUAGUCCUAAUAUUUUGUGAAUUCAAUGCUUUUUGAUCUUGAUUGAAAUUUGUUUGCAAUUAGUGUUUAUCUGAAUUAUCUGAAAACAGAUUAAUUGUAAUUGAACCAUUGUCAAUAAUCUCGCACAAAUAAUAUACUUAAACAUAAACUGUCAUAAUCUAGCACUAAUAGCAGUUGAAAUAAACAUAAAUUGUAAUAAUUUAGCAAUAAUAGUGGUUAAAAUAAAUAUAAACUGUAAUAAUCUAGCAUUAAAUGCAGUUAAAAUAAACAUUAAUUGUAAUAAUCUAGCAAUAAUUGGGUUAAAAUAAAUAGAAACUUUAAUAAUCUAGCACCAAUAGCAGUUAAAUAAAUCAAUGAUGGUAUUUAAAAAAAAAAAAACUGUAAUAAUAUAACCAAUACUUUACCAUAUUCUUUUGGACCACCUUGCAUAUUACUAACAUCUAUCUGUGUGUGUGUAAAAUGAUUAUACUUACCAAAUUGUUAUGAAAACUAGUUCACUUUCAUAUUGUCAACCUAAAGGGACUAUUUUCUCGUAAAAGGGACUAUUUUCUCUUAACCUUGACACUUUGGUGAACUGGAUCUGGCUCUACACAUUUAUCUUGAUGUCUAAGUCGUUUAUUUGUAUUGCUUGAUUUUCACGCUUUUUGAGCCAGUACAAAGGAUUGCACUUGUACUUGUGCUGAUGUUAAUCAGAAUGGGACUAGGUGACAUUAGUUUUUUUUUCUCAUAAUCCUUGGUUGUUUUGUUUGUUUAAUAUCUCCACUGAAGCAUUAACUUGUCUGAUGAAUGGCUCCUAAGUAGUCAAAAGAGCAUCUAACACACUGGCCCGUCAAAGAAGUGCUCAUGGACAAAAUACUCAUUUCUUAGUGGUGGAUCAGAAUGAUGCAUUUCAAAGUUUAAAUUAUUUUUUUUUUUAUACCCUAGCAUAUUUUGUAAAGUUCAUCUAAAGAUAUUCUACCUUUAAGCUAUUUUAUACCAGUUUAUAUAAAUGUAUGUAUGUAUGUAAGUAUACAGUUUAUUUGUGUAGCAGUUACUUUUUGUGACUGUAGAUUUUGUACCAGAUGUAGUUAUUGUGUUGUAAACAUGAUUGGCUUCUUCUUAACAUCAAUAAUUUUUUAAGCCAAACAAUUUUUUUUUGUGUUAGUAACGAAAAUGAGUUUUGAUUUUUAUCCAUCUUUUUUGUUAAGCAAUUGUUUCUCAACAUUUUCUUUCAACGUCUCCCCCCCCCCCUUUCCCCUCCCCCCACUAGAAAAGAGUGCUUUUCAGGUUAAGAAGGGUCCAAUGCUGAAUUGCUAGAGACAUUCGAGGCAUAUGUAGCAAAUGUACAUUUGUAAUAGUUAGACUGCCCACAUGUUUAAAAAGACAUCUUGUAGCUGGCUUGUUUUGUUUACGCAAAGACUUCGAUAGAAAUGGAUUCUGAAGUGAGAAAGACUGAUAGAAUCUUCUUGGUGGAAACGUAUUGAAAUGUCUUCCUCAUGGGACCUUUUUUUAAAAAAAAAAUGUUUUAUUGUAGACGCCUCACGGUGUGAAAAUCUCAUACUUUGAAUUGUUUAAAAUUUGUUUGAGCAUUGGUAAUGGUGUAGUUUUUACUUGAUCAUUAUUCAAAUAUGGAUUUUUAAGUACAAUGCAAAAACUAAAAUUUCUUUGUCCUCUGAAAAAUAAGACAGCCCCAGCAGAGGGUGCGCGCCCAAUCGGCUCAGAAACCAGAAACACCAUUGUAAGCAAUAGUCUGCUCAAAUAUUAAUGUUUACUCCUCAAGCUUUAUUUCAAACUAAUUAUGCAUUACUAUUUAUAUUAACAGGUUUACUUCUGUGUUAUUUAGAUUGUAGGCCUACUUUUUAUAUGUUAGUUUACUUCCAGUCACUGUGUUAUUCUUGUUUCCAUAAAGAGAAAGCUCGUCUAGUUGAUAGUAACUGUCUUCUUCUUCAGCAAUGGGAGUAUCUCACCUUCUCUGUCCUGUGAUAUCCAAGAGAUUUAUGUUGUUUAGUCUUGUUGUUUUGUAAUGCAAGUAUAUUGAAUACAGAUUUUUAUUUCAUA